GUGUUGUUUGACAUCCAGACACUGGUAGAUAUCGCCUGUGUAAAUUUCCGGAUCAUAUUUCAUCUUUUGAUUGACUUGUGGAUUUUCGUGUGUAGAACAGGGCCCAACACCAUCUCUCUUUUUAACCAAUGCCCUCAGACAACACACGCCAUGAAUGGUCGAGUAGGAUUCACGACUGUGCUCGAGAAAGAGAGUUCGGGAGCGAAGCGUCGAUAGAUUUUAUGGCGUCUUUUUUUCCCGUGCCUCCAGCGUCAGGAGACCAUUCCAUCGUUUCUCCCCCGACUCCCACCAUCGACAUCGACAUCGACCACACUCUCAACGCAGAACCAUCGUCGAAGUCGACAGGUUCUCUCAACGACCCUGGUGGAUUGGUAACGCCCUUAUCUCCAAUUUCGACUAUCGCCAUGUCUGCUCUAGACUUGAAUCAGUCUAGUACUAAUCCCUCAUCGGGUCAAGACAAAAACAUUCAUCGCAAUGCUGGUAGUAGUGCGCAAACACAGGAGGCAAUCGGCCAGAGCAUGUUUACUUUCUACGACACCAACAGUCGGCAGAAUCAGAAAAAUGCUACGAAUACAGAACACACCCAGACGCAGGCUUCAGCGAUACAAGGACUAGGAGGGCUCGCAGGUGUUGGAGUUCUUGGAGGAGGGUCAUCGUUAAACCCUCAGUUGUUGAACACGAAUUUUGAUUCGUUGAACAACAUAGGAGGGGCCUCUGGGGGAAACGAAGCUGGGUCUCCUACCGGCAAUGUUAGCCAGCAAAUCAUGCUAGAACAAUUCAGACUGGCUCAGCUGCAGCAGCUGCAGCAUCUACAAGCCCAGAUUUUUCAACAACAGCUGGCAAUCAUCAACAGCGGCGCAAUGUUCGGACUCCAUUCGGAAUCGGAGGGAUCCCCCUCAGUGGCCCAGACACAUAAUCAGAACCACAGUCGAUCUUCCAGCUUGUUUCAUGGUCUCCCUACUCCAGGCUCUUCAACCGAACUUCGUGCCUCGGCUCCUGCAGUUGAAUUCGUUUCGCCUAUGCUCCUCAAUUUCCAUUGUAACGAUAUAAACGAUUCAACGAACAACACUCAAAAUAAUCAAAAUCACUCUUCGUACGGUGCUUCAACGUCGCCUUCACGCCAAUCCCAUUCGCACUCCAACCCGCACUCAGUCACUCAGACUCCCGUCUUCGGUGCUCAAGAGGACGAUAGUGCGAAUGACAUGGUGCUGGAGAAUCUAGCUCCGCUAGCUAGUCGUUUCUCGCGCAACUCGGGCAAUGACACCGACAGUUCCUCCUUUUAUCACCGCGGAACGAGUUCUGCGCCUGCUCAUAUAGCGUUCUCACACCCCCAAACACAACAUGAGAAUGAUUUUGAUAUAAGUCCUCUCACAAGUCCCUGGUUGGGUGCUGAAGGAGGCACAGGGAAUGCUAGGAGUAGAGUCCAAGCUUAUAACCACCGUCAUCUCCACCAUGGUCAACCACAUCAAGAACAAUCCCAGAUGGAAUGGAGUUCGACUAGUACCAAAAGAGCUUCCUCACCAGCGGAGGAUCAUGUACGAAAAACACGGCAAAGUCACGCUGUCAGGGCUACAAUACCCGAAUCCAUACCUUCUUCGGUUGGCCCCAGGAGGAACUCGCGCAGCUCUAGAUCUGUGACUUCGACGCCGUUAAUGAAAGGGACACCUGGUGGUGUUAUAUCAGGAAAUAGGAGCAGGAAGAACAGCGUAGCGGCUUCGAAAGCCUCGCCGUCGAAUGCCGGCAGUAGUAACACUGGACCUAGUGCUUCAGGCACCGGUACAAUUGGGAACAACGUUGGGACGGAUGAAAUGGUGCAAGAUUCACCGUCGCCUGUCGAUCUAUCGUUGUCUAUGCCUCCCCCUGCCACAGGGUCCACCUCGAGUCAGAACACGAAUGCAAGCUCUUCCGCACAUCCGUCUUCUUCGUCUUCUUCGUCUUCUUCCAACUCAUCGUCUAACCCACAAAGUUUUGGUGUCGGGAUGUAUAACAUGGAUAUGGGCUUCGACUUCAAUUUUGGCGGUUCGGCCACGAGUCCGAGUAGGAGCUACCACCCAGCACCGGGAAGUAUGCCUCCACCGCUCGUGCCUGUUACUCCUGCAAGUAUCAUGAAUCUCGGACGCGGGAUGAACAAUCAUUCUUCUAGUAUCGGUGUCAAUUCCGGUGGGAACGGAAACGGAAUAUUCGGUGGAUUUGAGAACAACCAGGAUAUUGGGAUGAGGAGAGGAAGUAUUGGAGAAGGUUUAGGCGCUGCGGUUCUUCUUCCUCACUCUGCUGCUGUUCCAACGUCAGCAUCUUCUCUGAUUCCUCCCCCAUCUCCGAGUAUCGAUACCCCCGUCCCGGCAACGGCUUCCGGCCCGCCUCAAACAACGACGGGGAGAAAAGGGAAAGGUAAAACUGCCAAGGAUGCUACAGGUGCUGGUAUCACUGAAGCUGCGGGCGUGUCCACGAGAAGCAGGUCAGGGAGGAAAGGGAAUGUUGCUCAUAGUCCAAACUUAAAAGCGAUCCUACCUGCAAGCAACUCUGUAACAAACAGUCCCAUGCUUCCUCCUUCACCUUCAAUAGCAAACAAUUCACCCCUAUCUCCGUCUUUUCCUGUUACAGCUGUACGCAAAACGUCUCACAAGGCUGCUGAGCAGAAACGACGGGAUUCGUUGAAAACUACAUUUGAUGACCUACGUGGACUUCUACCUCCUAUUCCAUUAUCUUCUUCCGAUGCUGCGGAUGACUUGGCUGGUGGAGGAUUUGUUGCGGGCGUUGUAGCCGCUGCGAGAGCGUCGAUGCUUCCUGGUGCUUUGCCACCUAGAGGGCCACCGAAGGCGGGAGCGGAGGGACCGAAUAAAGGUGUCAGUAAAUUACAGUUAUUGAUCUGUGGGAAUGAGUACAUCCGGGUGUUGAAAGCGAGGGUGGAGAGGAGGGAUGAGGAGGUUGAGAGGUUGAGAAGGGAAAUCAGGAGGUUGAGGAUGGGAGACGGUGUUCUUGGAGAUGUUGAAGACUUGGAGGAAGGGCCCAUUGAUUUGGAGAGAAAUAUAGAUGCGAUUGAGUGGGCAAGUGUGAGGGCUCAUGCAGCCGUUACGACUGUGCCGAUAUUGGAGGAAGGUGAAGAAGGGGCGGGAUAA